AGCCCGACAGUCGUUAAUUGACCGUUUAAAGCAACGCAAGCAAAUCUUUAGAAAGCUCAAAAUGUUAAAAAAUUUGUUGUUGUUGUUCGUAAUAGUUGUAGUUUUGGUUCUACUGGUUCUACAAGGAUGCGAUAGCAAGACAUAUGAAUUUAUACCCGCUCGCUGUGUGGAUGAGCCUGGUGUGGAGCAGAAGAUUGGCGGCCCCCUGAGUGUGUGCAGCUUUCCACCUAAAUACGAGACACCAGACGCCGAGGACAUCCAGGCUGUGAUCAAGCAAAUACAAGACCUAAACCUCAAUUGAAGAGAACAGAGAAAUGCGAAAUGGGCACAUGGUUUAGAGAAUAUUACACUUUAUAUGCAUUCAAAGAGUGCGAGCGGGUUUAAAGAAAUCAAGAAAUAAAUUUAGCUAUAACAGAGUAAUUUAAUUGCUGGC